UGCGCUUGCGCGGGACGGAGGGGCGCCCCGCCGACCGUCCCAUCGCCCCUCGUGAGGAGGUCUUCGAAUACAUCGUCUUUCGCGUCAGCGAGAUCAAGGACUUGACCCCGUGCGAGUACAUGCUGUCCGCUCUGCACCACGACGUGGCCAUGGUGCAGUCCUCGCCGGGCACCCCGGGGGGGGCCGCCGCUCGCUGCCACACGUGCGGUAUCGGAGCGGCGGCGAGCUGCCACUCCGCGCCGGGCACGCCGACCGGACCCCCCCGCGGUGCCACGGGCGGCCACCCGGGCCACGCGCGGCACGACGCCUGGGCCACAGCGGUCGGGCACCGUCCCUUCGUGCAGCCUGCGUACGGAGGAGCUGCGGGUACGGGAGGGGGGGGGUGCGGUGUGCGGUAAACAUCGGCACUGCAGGGCUGCACCUUUGCCCUCUUAAUGCCACGUGGUUUCCGUUGCCCAGUGGCCUUGCCUCGGGUCGUUUUCGCCUUUUGCUCGUUUAGAGGCAACUGCGUGAUU